AUGCCCGGCAAGAGGCCUGCAACGUCGGGCUAUGCUCGAAUAGCUCAGGCAGAGGAGGAAGAGGAAGAGCAGCCCUACUCCGACAAUGAGGACCCCUUCGUCGACCCCUCGAAUGCGAUUUCGUCCCCAGGCGCCGAAUAUGCCCCCAUCCAGCCCAGAAGACGGGAUGACAUGCGCAUGCCCAGCGGAAACAGCACUCCACGCAGACCGGGACGCCGACACCGAGCCAACAGUGGAGUUGACAUCAAAGCGAUUAAUGCGCGGUUAGAAAGAUGGGCAGAUGAGAUCAAGGAGCGGUUCAAGAGGAGAAAAGUCAAGGGAAAGAGCUCGGAAGAGGAACAGCUGGAGAUUCAUCAUUCAGUCUUCCAAGCGCCCGACUGGAUACGGCCGGCCACCAAGGAGACGCUCGACGCCGAGUAUGACGACAGCGCACAACGCAUGUCCAAGAUCGAGUUCGACGACCUGGUGCAAUCUGUGCGGACAGCUAUCGAACUUGGACUACAUCCUAAACUCAUCUCACAAGGCAGCAGUGGCUCUUACUUUGCGCGCAAUAGUGGCGGCAAGGUCAUAGGGGUGUUUAAGCCCAAGGACGAGGAGCCGUACGCCAGCAAGAACCCCAAAUGGACAAAAUGGAUACACCGGAACUUGUUUCCAUUCGCAUUUGGACGGGCCAUGUUGAUACCAAACCUGAGCUACGUCUCAGAAGCAGCGGCCUACGUGCUAGACUGCCAACUACGGACCAAUAUGGUACCGUACACGGACGUGGUGGGUUUGAGCAGCAAGAGCUUUCAUUACGACUGGAUGGAUCGGAGAGCAUACUACAGGAAAGGGAGAGCAUUCCCUGAGAAGCUUGGAUCGUUUCAAGUGUUCUUGAAGGGGUUCAAAGGGGCGACUGAGUUCUUCCGCGAACAUCCUUGGCCUGAUCAAACCACAACCAGCUUCACAGACGCACCGGCCCGGAAGAGAAGGCGAAAGAGAUGGGAUGAGACAUGCCGACCUACGAGCGCGGCUGGAAAGGACGGCUACGACAGCGAUGAAGAUGGAGAGCUGAGUUCAGGGCAACAAAGCAGAGGCGAGCAAGUAUUCUGGUCAGAAGGGCUACAGCAGAGCUUCAGAGAGGAGCUGGAAAAGCUAGUGAUAUUGGAUUAUGUGAUGCGAAAUACCGAUCGAGGGACGGAUAACUGGAUGAUCAGGAUAGACCGGGAGACACAGACAGCAUCAAUCGUCAGUGAGCCAGUGCAACUGAAUGUGAAUGGCGAGGACGAUGAAGGCUACCACAGAAGAAAUGAGAGCAUGUCUGCGAGUCUCGCGGCGGAUGGAAAUCGGUCCAAGGAGACAGCUGUGCCGAAGAUAGGAGCCAUCGACAACAGCCUGUCAUGGCCAUGGAAACACCCUGAUGCGUGGCGAAGCUAUCCAUUUGGGUGGCUGUUCUUGCCUGUCAACCUGAUUGGGAGGCCUUUCUCGGAGAAGACUAGACGCCAUUUCUUACCAUUACUCACCUCGAAAGAGUGGUGGAGCGAGACCCAGGUCAAACUACGCAGGUGCUUCGAGAUCGACGUUGACUUUCAGGAGCGAAUGUUUGCACGGCAAAUGGCAGUCAUGAAAGGGCAGGCAUGGAACGUGGUCGAGACUCUCAAAACACCCGAUCACGGCCCUCUCGAGCUCACCAGACGAAACCGCGUCCACGUCUGGGAUGAUCUCGUCGACAUCCCCGUCGCCGUGCCUCUCCCACGAGCCUCAGAAGAAAUGCGCAUCCGCGCCGCCGCGACCAACGCCGCCGAAUCCCGACCCCUCGCCCUCGCCACCCCACCUCGCGGCAUCGCCGAAGAAGUCGAAGAAAUGGACAUCACCGCCACAAUCCCCUCCACCUCCGUCCCGAACGGCGACCUCCUCGGCAUCACAGGCACCUCGCUCCCCAACGAAGCCAGCAAGAACCCCUUCAACCGCUCCCGCCAAAACUCCUCCCAAGACAUCCACCACCCAACCAUCCAGAACGCCAUCAAAGAAAACCUCUCCCCACCCCCAUCGAACACACAAUCCCACGAACUCAAACUCUCCCCUGCGACGCUGCACUCGGAGAACCGCCGCCCGAUCGCGCCGAGGAGUCGCACGGGCGGCGCGCGCUCGAGCUACGAUAUCCCACGGUCUAACGUGCUGUGGCAGGCGAGUCCGCAAACUCGAGGAGGGAGGAGGUUCAGUUUGAACUUCGCGCGGAGGAGUAGUGUCGCCGAGGCGCCGUUUGAUGACGAUGGCGAUUUGGGCUAUGCGGCGGCGGCGGAUCGGGAGAGUAGUAUGCGCAAGGUGAUUGUGGAGAGGCUGGAGAUGGUGAAGAGUAAGCCGCCGGUUUUUAGUUGGUGUUGA